AUGCGUGCUUAUUGCAUUCUAGCCUUGUGCUGCCACCACAAAGCCAAUCUUUCAACAAAUUGUUCGAAGAUUCCAGUUUGCCCCUUUUGUCGAAGUCCUAUUACCCAACUAGCUGUUGCCAAGAGCAAAACCUCCAGUGAUGUGGAGUUGGAAUUCAGUCCGACUAAACCAACCAGAACGAGAAAGUCAGCGAAUCUUGGUGAAAGCAGCAGCAACUUCAAGAGUUUGUCACCCACGAGUUCACUUGGGAGAUUGGGCCGUGGUUCGGGAAAGGUUUUUGCAGAAUGCAAUGAGGAGUUCGAUAAGCGUUAA